UGUCUUUCAGAUGAGACCCACCAUCGGAGCCAGGCUUUGAAGGAACUGACCCUGGUGUGCAUGAGGAAGUACUUCACGGUGAUGACCCUCGUCACCCCCUCAGGAAAACACAGUGACCUCUCCCCCAACACCCCCGUCCCACUCCCAGGUACCCUGGCAAAAGCAGAAGAACCAAGCAAGCCCUUCCACCAAAGCAGCCAUGAACCCCAUUCUCAUCAUCUCCAAGAACUCCCUGCUAUACCAGAUAGGGGUCUGGGGUUCUGUUUUCCAUUUUUUAAAAAAAUCGUUUUCAGACUCUCGAACAGUGUGUUGGUUUACACUAUUCUCUCUUCUUAAACCACCAUAUCAACAGAUUCACUCUGCUUCCUUUCUUUUCAUUUGGCAAAUGCCACACUUUUAAUGGCAGCAAUAAAAGGUGCUUCUAUCAACGCCAGGUGGGCAGCCCUGACCAUCUAAAGCCUCAGAGAGGAUUAUACCAAGUCUCUCGUACACCUCCAUGCUAGUGACAACAUGUGGGGACCUCUCAUCCCAAAGUUUUGGGACAAAGUCUCCCGUCCCUCAUCACUUGCUUUCACUGAAGCUAAAUGUAUCUGUUCAGUACAUGGAUAGAUUUUUAAGCUCCUCUCACAAAGUCUUGUGCUUGAGACAAAAUCAGCCCAGGUUCUGCACUUUGUCUACAUUUCAGCAACUCUUUUGCUUGAUAUUAAAAAUAGCCUUGUCUAGUCCAUUGAGAUCAGACCCAGGAGACAGGCGCCUGCUAUUCUAAUCUCUGCUUCACAAAUAGCUCUCUAUGGGCUCAAGCAUCUAUCAACACUUCCAGGGGUCUCCAGUUAUAAAACAGGGCCAGGCCUAGUCACCUAUAAAGGUAGACUCUGCUUAACUCUCCUGAGCUGUCCAUGAGGUUAGCAUGAAGCCUACAACAAUCACAUUUCCACCAUGGACCAGAGACUUCCAAUGGUGACUCAAAACUGAGAAGCAGUUAAGAGCACCUCCCACACUCAGGGGAUCCUGUGCAUUUCCCAGGCCAGAACCUACAAAAGGUUCCCUUGAGACUCAAACUCAAACAUCACUGGUAAACAGGCUGCCCCUCCCCCCUUCCUCCCUCCUCCUGCAAACCUCCCCCAUCCCUCACUUUCACCUCCCUUCCUCCCCAACCCAUCUUGUACUCUGUGAAAAACUGUAGUCCCCUCAGUUGCCAAGGGAACCAAGCCUUUUAUUCCAUCCGUGACUAGCUGGUUGGACUGAGGAGUGGGGCAACAACUGGUACCCAGGCCUUUGGAAGUCCAAGCCCUCCCUUUUUCCCAAAGGGGGAGGGGUGGGCUGCACCCCCGUUGCCUUUUCACCCAAACCCAGCUGGGUGGGACCGAGCCCUUGGGCUCUCAGGAGCUCCCUGGCUGUGGGCUCGGGAGAUCAGUGCUCCCCAGGCCCUCCUCUGGCCCUGGCCCUUUCCAGAGGACAAUAGCCUUCAUGCAAGGGAAAAUUCCAUCGCCCAGGGUUCAAGUCUCCAAGGAGUUGCUGGGGCCUCUGUUUAGCCUGGAGUGGGCUCUGAGGAGCCGCUGCAGCUGCCCGGCUUGUUUUCCCCCUUGCUGUGUUUUAUUUUUAACCCCUGAGCUGCCAAGGAUUGUUUUUCCCCAACCAGUGCCUGGGAACUAAGGGAGGGAAGAAAUAAGGCUUUGUUCCCUUUGGGGGACUAAUUGGGAAAGACAGGCAGUGUGGCCGGCUUGGCUCUAUUAGGGUGUGAGGCUCCCACCCCUCACUGCACAACAUCUUCACCCUAACCCAUGCCCAGGAGGCUGGGAGUGCAGAGGUGCUCCCCAGGCUGCAAUCAGAGGCCCAGGGGCUGAUGGGAACCCAAGUGCAGCUUCAAAACUGCAAAGGCAGCUCCGAGCCAUUUUCUAGGGCUCCGAAGAUACUUGGGAAAUAAGAUGUUGGGAGCUGGAAAUGUCUACUUUUUCCCAUUUCAACCCCCCAAACUAACCCCUGCUUUUCUCUUGCUGCUGCUGCUGCUGCUAGUGGUGGUGGCUGCUGCUGCUGUUGUUGUUGUUGUUGUUUUCCAGACCUGCAUAAUGAACUCUGGAAGAAAAGUGAGGGAACUCAAAAAAAUAAGAAAACUGAAACAAGGUCGCAAACCACAUGAUCUACAGGGGAGCCACCACUGCCUCCUGAAGAACCCCAGUCAGGAAUCCCAGAUUAAUUUCCCCAGCAUCCUGUUUGGAAACCACAUGUCCGCCCUGCAACUGUACCUGGCUUGUGUCCCACAAGGAGAAAGAUGCAGGGGCCUCCAGAAGCUAAAGAGAGAAGUAAAUGUUGCUGAGAGGGAAAAUUGUCAGGCCUCAGUGUUCCAGAGCAGGAGGCAUUCCUUCAUUCCCAGAGAGGCCCUGGGCCUCAGCAAGCAAGCCCGACAAGCCCUCCGAAGCCAGAAUCCAAGCUUCAGGCCACGCCUCCCUCACUGCUGGGCCCUGGACAGCGAGGUUGCUGCGCAGAACCCCUCUCCUCAGGGGGACAGUCCUCAGGGCUGCCCCACCUAACCUGUUCCCUCAGUCACUCAAGCCCUCCGUCCUCUGUCACAGCCUGGCUCUGUCCCUUCCCAUGCCCCAGCCCCCAACCUCCCAGGACCAAGUGUCUCAGGGUUCCUACCCUCCUCCAGCCCUGACCAGCCUGGAAGCCAAGUGGCGAGCAUGUGGUCAGCCGGGUGGGCCCUGAGAGCCGGUGGAAUGGUGUUCAUGAUGCAGGGAACAAGAGUGGGGGAGGAGGGAAGGUGAGGGGUACAGGGGUGCCUCUGCCAGGCCACCACUCUGCAGCUCAUUCUCCUCUGAGGUUAUUCCCUGACCCACACGCCUCUGGAGCCCACCCCAGCUGCUUCCUCUUCCUAGGGGUCUCCACCUGCUGUUCUGUGACUCCCCUGAAAAUAAACUUUUGAAAGGCA